AUGCUGUGUAUAACCACCCUCGACAAGCUCGCCAACUGGGGUCGUCAGUCAUCGAUGUACCCAAUGACAUUCGGCCUCGCAUGCUGCGCCGUAGAGAUGAUGCAAAUCGCUGGGCCACGAUACGAUCAAGACCGAUUCGGCUUCAUGUUCCGAGCAUCACCGCGACAGUCAGACGUCAUGAUAGUCGCCGGUACUGUCACGAAUAAGAUGGCGCCCGCUUUCCGCCAAGUCUACGAUCAGAUGCCGGAACCGCGUUGGGUCAUUAGUAUGGGGAGCUGCGCCAACGGCGGAGGGUAUUACCACUACAGUUAUUCUGUAGUCCGUGGUUGUGAUCGCUUGGUGCCGGUGGAUAUCUAUGUUCCUGGAUGCCCGCCCACGAGCGAGGCGCUGCUUUAUGGAAUGAUGCAACUGCAACGGAAGAUGCGACAGGGAAGAACGUCGAGAAUGUGGUAUCUUGUUGUCUACCUCGAUGAAGUCUCCCGAGGUAUUACUGCAUCCGUUGUUCAAUUCAUGGUGUCGUCAGAUGCCUUUUUCCCUCCGUAUUGCAAACCCGGGAUCAUUGGUCUCUCCAAGUCCAGAAUUCGUGACGAGGACAGAUUCGGGUGGAGAAGAGAGACUCUGAGAGGUAAAUGA